AUGUCUCGGGCCCGCUUCCAGACCAAGUACAAGCGCAGACGUCAGGGCAAGACCGACUACUAUGCCCGCAAGCGCCUGAUCACCCAGGCCAAGAACAAGUACGGUGCCCCCAAGUACCGUCUUGUGGUCCGCUUCACCAACCGGGACAUCAUCAUGCAAAUUGUCACCUCCGAGAUCACCGGUGAUAAGGUCUUCUGCGCUGCCUACUCCCACGAGCUGCCCGCCUACGGCAUCACCCACGGCCUCACCAACUGGGCUGCCGCCUACGCCACCGGUCUCCUGAUCGCCCGCCGCACCCUCUCCAAGCUCGGCCUCGACAAGACCUUCACUGGUGUCGAGGAGGCCGACGGUGAGUACACCCUCACCGAGGCUGCCGAGACCGACGAUGGCGAGCGCCGCCCCUUCAAGGCCAACCUCGAUGUCGGUCUGCACCGCACCUCCACCGGUGCCCGUGUCUUCGGUGCCAUGAAGGGUGCCUCCGACGGUGGCAUCCUCGUCCCCCACUCCGAGAAGCGUUUCCCCGGUUACGACAUGGAGAGCAAGGAGCUCGACGCCGAGACCCUGAAGAACUACAUCUUCGGCCAGCACGUCGCUGAGUACAUGGAGACCCUCGCCGACGACGACGAGGAGCGCUACAAGUCCCAGUUCCAGCAGUACAUCGACGACGACGUCGAGGCCGACGGCCUCGAGGAGCUCUACUCCGAGGCCCACGCCGCCAUCCGCGAGGACCCCUGGAAGAAGCCCGAGCGUGCCAACACCAAGACCAAGGAGGAGUGGAAGGCCGAGUCCAAGAAGUACAAGACCCAGCGCCUCACCAAGGAGCAGAAGGAGCAGCGCGUCAAGGAGCGCAUUGCCGAGCUCCGCGCCGAGUAA